GAACGGCACUAGCAAGCUCUGGAGGAUAAGCCAGGAAUCUGGAAUGGAGACUGAGCCAAAGACCCUGGAGCCAUCUCAGCCUCAUAAAAGGGGAUCAAGCAGGAGCAGUUUGGGAGAAACCUGUGAAGGGCCUGAUUUGCAGCAUCAUGAUGGGCCUGUCCGUGGCCUCUGCUGUGAUCCUGGCGUCCCUCUUGAGUCUCCACCUUGGAACUGCCACACGUGGGACUGACAUAGCCAAGACAUGCUGCUUCCAACACAGCCACAAGUCCCUUCCCUGGACCCGGGUGCAAAGCUAUGAAUUCACCAGUAGCAGCUGCUCCCAGCAGGCUGUAAUAUUCACUACCAAAAGAGGCAAGAAAGUCUGUACCAAUCCAAAGAAAAAAUGGGUGCAAAGAUACAUUUCUUUAUUGAAAACUCAGAAACAAUUGUGACUCAGCUGAAUUUUUAUCCGAGGACGCCUGGACCCGGCUCUUGGCUCUGCAGCCCUCAGAGGGGGGCCUGCAGGAUCUUUUCCGAAGGUUCCAUGGGCCUGCUGGGGAGGAGUGAGUGUUUUCUCCCAGAGAUACUUUAAUAAAGGUUCUUCAUAGAGUUGA